CAUACUGUGUCCUUGGUGCAUCGUGAGCACCGUGCCCUCAGGACAGUAGAGAAAGCUUCUUGAACGACAGUCGAUUAUGGCCCAGCUGCUUCGCUGCGCUUCCCGGACCGCUCGGCUUGUUGCUUCUUCAUCGAGGUCGGUCGUCGCGUGCCCCCGUGCUGCGGCUCUGUCGGCCAGGAUGGCGUCUGCCGUGCCUAGCAGCUUCGGCGCCAUGAGCUCUACCCCCGGGGUGGCGGCCGCCAGCGGCCCUCACCGCGGUGUGGUGACUGCGGCGCUGUCCACCGGGGGCCUGCCGCAGGCGGCCUUCUCCUUCGAGCCUGACACCCUGCCUGCCGUGUCUGCGGCGGCGGCGGCCGGCGCCAACGGCUCGCUGGCCGAGGUGGCUGCGGGCUGGGAGGGCGACCUGCUGGUGCUGGGCGUGACGGAGGAGGACUUCGCCACAGAGGCCGAGGUGACGUCGCUCCAGAGCGAGGCGGUCAAGGCCCUGGACGCGGCGCUGGGCGGGGCGCUGGCGGAGAUCGUGGCGGCGGGCGGCUUUGACGGCAAGCAGGGCUCCCAGAGCCGUGUGCUGCGGCUGUACGGCGGCGCCAAGGCCAAGCACGUGGCGAUGGUGGGUCUGGGCAAGAGUGCCAAGCUGGCGGUGGCGCCGGAGUGGGGCGCCUCGCCCUUCCAGGCUCUCGGCGCGGGUGUGGCCACUCUUGCCAAGGCCAACAAGACCGCCGCAGUGGGUCUGGUGCUGCUGCCGGGCGCGGCGCCGGCGGCGGACGUGGCGGAGACUGCCCUGGCGCAGAUCACCUCGAGCACGCUGCUGGGCGGGUACGAGGCCACUCGCUUCAAGACCAAGAAGUCGCCCACCGCCUCGCGCCUUGCCAGCCUGACGGUGGUGGGCAGCGGCCUGGAGGGAGCGCAGGCGGAUACCGCCAUCAAGAGGGGCGAGGCAGUGGCGCGUGGCAAUCUGCUGACACGGUACCUGGUGGAGUCUCCUCCCAACGUGUGCACGCCCUCGCACCUAGCGGCCACAGCCGCCCACAUCGCCGCAGUGGCGCCCGAGGUGUUCAGCCUCAAGGUGUACGAGCAGUCCGAGUGCGAGGCCAUGAACAUGGGCCUGUUCCUGGGCGUGUCGGAGGCCUCGGCCGAGCCGCCCAAGUUCAUCCACCUCAAGUACAGCCCCAAGGGCGGCAGCGCCAGCCGCAAGAUCGCCAUCGUGGGCAAGGGCCUGACCUUUGACAGCGGCGGCUACAACCUCAAGGCGGGCGCUGGCUCCAUGAUUGAGCUGAUGAAGUUCGACAUGGGCGGCGCCGGAGCCACCCUGGGCGCGGCGCGCAUCCUGGCGGACCUGCAGCCUGCUGACGUGGAGGUUCACUUCAUCAUCGCCGCCUGUGAGAACAUGGUGGCGGGGGCCGGCCUGAGGCCCGGCGACAUCCUCACUUCCGCCUCGGGCAAGACCGUGGAGGUAAACAACACGGACGCCGAGGGCCGCCUCACGCUGGCUGAUGCCAUGUGGUUCGCGCAGGAGAAGUGCGGCGCCACGGCGGUUGUCGACGUGGCCACGCUCACGGGCGCCUGCAUCGUGGCGUUGGGCACACAGAUCGCCGGCCUGUUCACGCCCAGUGACGACAUGGCCGCCGCCCUCACAGCCGCGUCCAAGGCCGCGGGCGAGAAGCUGUGGCGCAUGCCGUUUGAGACCGACUACUCGGACGACCUCAAGUCGCCUGUGGCCGACAUGAAGAACACGGGAAGCCGCUACGGCGGCGCCAUCACCGCCGCGCUGUUCCUGAAGCAGUUCGUGAACGAGGGCGUGGAGUGGGCGCACGUGGACGUGGCGGGCCCGGUGUGGAACGACAAGCUGGGUCUGCCCACCGGCUACGGCGCCGCGCUGCUGUCGGAGUGGGCGCUGGCGCAGGCGCAACAGGCGGCCAAGGCCAAGUAAGCAGAUGGCGGAAGCAGGCGGAGGCCGCAGGCGGAGGCCGCAGGCGGAGGAGGCGGAUGCAGGCAGCAGGCGGAGGAGGCAGAGGCAGGCGGAGGAGCCGGAGGCAGCAGGCGGCGAUGCAGCACACCCAGCAGGAGCGGCGUGUGCAAGGCGGCUUCGGCGGGUGUGCGGGAGUGCGUUGGUGCGUGCUGGUGGCGCGCGUAGGUGGGGCUUGCACUGGGGCGUGGAGGCGGGCAGGCUAGGGACCCGCAGUUUUUGUUGGGUGUGCGUUGCACCCGCACUAAAGGUCCUUCAAGCGUGCACGACCGUUUGUUAGGUGAGGUCUACCGUCUCGACCGAUGCAUGUGGAACGUAUCGGCGCUCACAACAACCAACAUAACCCUGAUUGCAUGCGGACUGACAGACCUCGCAUUCCAUUUUCUUUCUCGGGCAUGCCGUGGGCUUCACGAAUUCGUAGGCGUCGCGGAUUUUUACCCGUCCAAUCUUUUGACGCUACAGCCUUGACAGACUGUGAGACCAACUGGGCAUGUUGCCGCCAGCGGCCGUCGACGAUGACAUGGACGAUGAUGAAUCCGAUGGUGUAACAUCUCUUUCCC